AUGUCCAGGCCACUCGCUCCGCUCCUGCACAGCACGCGCGCCGUGGCGUCAAGCUCGCGCGCGGCGGUCGCCCUCCCUGCUUCGGCGCGGCGCCACGCGUCGUCGUCGGCACCAGCCACGCCGCCGACCCCGCCAAAGAACUACCCCGACCACGUCCCCCUCAACGGCGCGCAGAACGCACUCCUCGCCGUCGGCUCGGGCGUCGUCGGCGUGCUCAACUACACGUCCCGCCCAGACCUCAUUGCGACACUGUCCGAGUCAACGGCGUCGACCUUCCUCCCCCGCCUGCAUGAAGCCAUGGCGUCGCACCCCGAGGGCCGCCAGAUCCUGCGCGACAGGCCCACGCUGUCAUCCAAGACUGUCAGCCUCGACUACCUCCGCGGCCUGCGCCGCGGCACUGUGGGGAGAGAGUAUGUUGAGUGGCUGGACCGCGACGGGUUUACGCCGGACGCACGAGAAAAGGUGCGCUACAUCGACCCGCCCUCCCUCGCCUACACCAUGCUGCGCUACCGCCAAACGCACGACCUGUACCACACGCUCUUCUCCCUCCCACCGACGCUGGCCCACGAGCUCUCCCUCAAGGUGGUAGAGUACGCCAACAUGGGCCUGCCGGCGGCGGCCCUGUCGUCGCUGUUCGGGCCGGCGCGGCUCAGCGGCAAGAUGCGCCAGCGGUGGAUCGACGACUGGGUUCCCUGGGCACUGCGAACCGGUACCGGCGGACGCACGCUCGUCGGCGUGUACUGGGAGAAGCGCUGGGAGCAGGGUAUUGGUGAGCUACGCCGCGAGCUGGGCGUGAGCCGGAACGAUGGGAACGGCGUCGAGGCCCGCUGGAGGGGAUACCGCGAGCUCCGGGAGAUGGAGCGGGCGCUGCGACGUACCGGCGAGUGGGUCGACGAGCCGGAGGAGUGGUAGGGGUGGGGAAGGGUGAGGAAGAAGGUGUCGGGUGCUCGUGAGUGCCCUUGGUGCACUGUGGCGGGUCAGUAGUGAGCAUGCAUGCAUGUAGUACAGUGUA